AUGAAUUGUAGUGAUGUUCGUCAAGAGGUAAAGGCAUAUAAUUGCAGAGAAGUUAAACCAGAGAAUAAAGAAACCGCCAUUCUAAAAUCUCAGAUCACUCAGUUACAAACUGCCAAUUCAAAUGCUAAACUAGAAAUCGAGACUUUGAAAAGCGAGAAUUCAGGUUUACGAAAGGAGUGUAAUAGUAAGUCAAGUACAAUAAGCUCAUUACGUGAGCAAAUUGCAAAUUUACUUCAUGAAAAUAAAAAGUUAAGCCAAGCCGCUAGUAGUAACAAACAUAAUAGUGAAUAUAAUACUUGGCAUGAUGUUAAUUGUGAUUCAUGUGGACUUCAAAUAAAAGGAUACCGUUAUAAGUGCGGUAAUUGUGCCAACUUCGAUUUAUGUGAUACAUGUAUUGGUUCGAAUCAUAAUCCAGAUCACACAUUCCUCAAAAUCAAAUAUCCUGUUAAUAUUGACCCACGAAUUAUAUUACUUCCAAGAUUCCCUUUUGCACUGACGGAAACUUGCGUGCAUACCGAAGUUACUUGCGAUAUUUGUGGAAAACUUCCAAUUUGUGGCAUUAGAUAUCAGGAAUGGUUCAAUGAAGAUUUGCAAGAGGUUUUCUGGAAGGAUGUUGAAUGCCGAGUGAAUGAUAUUAAAAAAAUACUGAUGAACAAGCCUAAGGAUGAUGAGAAAGUUGAUGUAGUUAAGAAAUAUGUGAAAAUGGAAAAUAUAUUGACAGGAGACAAUGCAGUUAGAUAUCUAUUCGUUCUGUUCUAUUAUCUUCGCUAUGUUUUACAACUUUUAUCUAAUGAUGCAGGAAUUUUUGCUGUAUUUACAGAUACAGCUUCAAAUAUUUCGAACUUCUCACCUGCCUCCAAACGUGAUCGGUCACAAAAAGUUUCUAGCAAAAUAUUUCAAUUAUUUAAACUGUUUUACUUGAUAUAUACCAUAGACAUAAAUGCUGAUUUGAAAAAAGUAUCAAUAAUGAAAGAUUUUGAAUAUCCACAAUAUUUCUUUAUGUAUGGAAGGCCCUUAUGGAGUUCACUAAUGUCACCUUUUCUUGAUAAUAUUAAAGGAUUCGAAUCAUAUAGUAUUACAUGGAUAAGCUUGUUGGUGGAACAACUUAUACUUAUUAGAAAAAGGAAUAUAAAAAUCAUAUCAGCAUCAACAGGAGGGAACGUACCCGAUCCAAAGUGA